AUGCAUGACUGCAUGAGAAGCCCUCCUUUCUGCUAUUGGCAAGAAGGUAUGAACUACUGGAAUACAGACUGCGGAAACUACUACGGGGCUAUAAUUUACUUCUGCUCUUUCUACCUUAUUAUAACCUAUAUCGUAAGAAACCUGCUAGUGGCCAUCAUCAUGGAGAACUUCUCCUUAUUCUACUCAAGCGAAGAGGAUGCUUUGCUCAGUUAUGCUGACAUUCGAAACUUCCAGCUAGUUUGGAACAUGGUGGACCGUGAGCAGAAACGAUCGAUACCGGUUGGCAGAGUCAAAUUUCUGUUAAGGUUGCUG